AUGGAAAUAAUGAAAUAUGAUAAACAAAUUGAUCAAAAUACUGCCCAGAAGGAAGUUGAUGAUUGUGUUAACUGCCUAAAUCAUAUCGCAAAAUCUGCUGAAAAUCAAAUAGAAAACAUUUUACACUCAACAAAAAACAAAGCUGAUGAUUCAUUGAACCUUAAUAAACUUGAUAUUGAGAAAGAAAGAGAAGUUUGUAAGAUCAUAUUUGGUACAGAUAUCAAAUCAAAACUUCCUCAUGGCAUAGUCGAUAAUCUUUGCAAGAAAAUUCAAAAAGACAAAAUAAAGAUUCAAAGACUGAUUGCUCAAAGACGAUAUUUCUUAAAAGAGAAAUAUGCAAAAGAUGAGGGGUCUAGACCAAAAUGGGUUCCAAAAGAAAUCACAGCUCAAAUGUUAUUAGAAUUUUCUCAAGGAACAAGAAAUGCAAUUAAUAUUGGAUCUAGUGAACCAAAUACACAAGAUGUUAUCCUAACAUUUUAUCAAUUGCCAUUGUUUUAA